CACUACUGACACACAUCUUCAGUUGUAUCAGUGGUAGAGGAGCUAGACGCAAGCUAGUCGCCCUUGUAGAGUAGCUUGUGAAGAACGACCCAUAAAUACCUUCAGAAAUGGCAGACCAGCUAACAGAGGAGCAGAUCGCUGAGUUUAAGGAGGCCUUCUCCUUAUUCGACAAGGACGGCGAUGGCACCAUCACGACCAAAGAGCUGGGCACGGUGAUGCGCUCGCUGGGCCAGAACCCCACAGAGGCUGAGCUGCAGGACAUGAUCAACGAGGUGGACGCAGACGGUAACGGCACCAUCGACUUCCCAGAGUUCCUCACCAUGAUGGCCAGAAAAAUGAAGGACACAGACAGCGAGGAGGAGAUCCGCGAGGCCUUCAGAGUGUUCGACAAGGACGGUAAUGGCUACAUCAGUGCAGCAGAGCUGCGUCACGUCAUGACCAACCUGGGGGAGAAGCUAACAGACGAGGAGGUGGACGAGAUGAUCAGAGAAGCAGACAUCGAUGGAGACGGACAGGUCAACUACGAAGAGUUUGUACAAAUGAUGACGGCAAAGUGAAGAGCCCCCGUCCUCUCCUGACCUCCUUAGAAGAUUUAAACAAAAAAGGAAAAAAAAAAAACAAUCAAAUGUUUUACUUACCUCUUGCAAAAAUAUUCAUCUAUUCAUACUGUUUCUGUAUAGAAAAAUAUAUCUGAAUGUUAAACAUGGAGAAAAUGUCCUUUUAAAAAGUAAAAAAAAACAAUCCAUAAAAAAGACAAAAAAAAAAUAAUGAUGAAAAGAAGAAAAAAACAAACAAACAACAAAAACGAAUCUGCAUGUACUGACUAGUGGUCCUGUUCCAGACGAUCAAGCGUAGAUCAUCCGUAAAGACUACAGAAUAAUCUCUUAAUCUAUACCAAUAACCCACGAGCUGCAGGAACCCCUUACGGGAGCUCAGCACAGGGCUCCCACAGCUGAAAACCGGUUCCAUUUGCUCCUCAUGGCAAAGAGUUUGGGCUGGCCGCCGUUAAUUCUUCUUUUCCUUUAUUGUUUUCUCCUCUUUCUUCUCCUCUAAAUGAACUCAUUUUUCCUUUCCUCUUUUUUUCCUUUUUGUUUUUUGCCCUCUCGUUCGUUCUUUCUUUCUGUUGUUGGUUGGUGCAUGCAGCUUGAGACUGGAGCCGUAGUCUGGACACAGUCGGUUGGCAUUGUCGUCCAUUUCCUGCUGGCGUUUGGUCGGUCGUUUGUGGAGUUUAAAAGCGGGACGGGGGUUUGGUCUUUAAAGGGUGGGGUGGUAUCCGGUUAGACUGGAGGAGUCUGGGGAUUUUCAGAGGCGGAGGUGUGGUGUGGUGUGUUCACGUGCUGGUCGGACGUUUGGAAGUUUGAAAAGCUCCAAAAGUUAAUUCCCAUUAACUUAAUCCCCAUUAUUUUCCUACGCUUUUUUUUUUUUUUUAGAUUGGGGAGAGAAGGAAAAUAAAUGCAUCGAUGAACUGACUGAUAUCCAUAUUUAUCUCCACACAUUUUUUUAUUUUAUUUUAAUGAAGGCAAUAAAAACUAUACAUGAAAUUCAUGGUCAUCACAGGUAGACUGUUGACUUCUUUAUCCUGUUGUUGACUCGUAGAACUUAAACACCUUAGUUCAACCGCAAUCAAUGAAAGGACUCGUCCUUUUAAAACGUCUGUAGCAUUUUACUGAGAAUCCCAAACUGCUAGCAUUCAAAAACCAUUUUUCAAAUCCGACAUUGAUUGGCGUUCAUACAAGUCCCAAGAAGGAAACUCUCCCAUUAUUUUUAUUUUGUCCGAUAGUGUGUGAACGCACCAAGACAUGAUGAAAUUGCAGUGGGGGUGGGCGGGUGGGCAUCGGGGGAGGGACUGUGGGGAUGUUGUAUUGUAUGAAUGGGACCUGUGCAGUUUGCUUAAAUAAUUCUAAAAAAAAGAAACUUAAGAGAUAUUUUUAAGAAAAUGGAGCAUUUAUCAAAAAAGGCAAAAAAAAUCUAGAAGUUAAAAAAAAAAAAGACAUGUUUGGCAUGUUAGGAAAUAUUUGGAGUUUUGUUUUCCAUGUGUGUCGAGCCGUUUGGGAGGUAGAGGAGGAGGGGAAGAGGGGACUUGAGUCUUCAGGUUUUUGGGCACCUUCCGCCCCCCUGUAAACAAUGGGGUGGUGUGUGGGUGCCCUUAUGUGUCUUUUGGGAGAGGGGGAGACACGGUUGUACCACGAGCAUCUAUUUUUUUCUUUUUGUUUGUUCUUGCAUUUUUAUUUUUUUGUUUUUGUUUUGGGGUGGGGGGGUUUCCUCACAAGAUCUCAGAUAUGCAGGUCUCCAGAGGUGUCUAUCUCUGCGUCUUCUCAUCUUUUUGAGUUCAGGUUAUGUUCAUUCCAAGUUGUACAUGCUAGUCUUUUAAUUGUUUUUUUCCAAUAAAAAAAACAUGAACUUCAA